AUCUAUACACGCAUUUAACGGCCAUAAGCCAUCGCAUGAAGAAAAGGAAACAUAAAUGGCCAGCGCGAGGUACUUUUUCAAACAUCAGGCGCUGAGAGACGCAGCCCGGAUACUGGCAUGGGUACCCGUAGGAGUCUUCUUCACGAGACAUGUAUAUUCCCUAGCUACCGUAACUGGUGGUAGUAUGCAACCGACAUUUAACCCUGAUUUGGCGACAAAUCCAUUACACAACGAUGUUGUUCUUUUGGAAAGAUGGUCGCCAGCAAUGAACAAAUACAAGAGGGGUGAUGUGGUUACAUUAUGGUCACCGCAGAACCCUCAACUAUUGACGACUAAGCGGAUAGUAGCUCUUGAAGGCGAUCUCGUGCACCCAUUACCACCCUCUCCACCGACACCAGUGAGAAUACCGCCAGGACAUUGCUGGGUUGAAGGUGAUUCGAAAUACCAGACAAGAGAUUCCAAUACCUAUGGUCCUAUUCCAUUAGGCUUAAUAACAGCUAGAGUGUCGCACAUUAUUUGGCCAUGGGCGAGAGCUGGGGAAGUACAUUCCGGACAAGGGAAGUCCAAAGGAAGGGUAAAAAAGCUUGCCGACUCGUUCAUCUAGGAGUGUUUUAGACGCGUGAUGUUUGUUGUAAAGUUUAUAUCGGGUGACAGUUCAGACAUCACAUUCCACAGCAUGGCAUUAACUUUACC